AAUAAUAUAUGCCAUUUUGCGAUAUUUAAGAGAGAAGACCAGACACUCACAUCUUUUUUCCGUUAUUGCUGCAGUCCAGGCUGCGCGGCGAUGCGAGUGGCCGCGAGAUGGCGGGCAGGAGGGCCUCCCCCGCUGAUGUUGGCGACGGUGUUCGUGCUGCUGACGUCUUCGGCUCAGCUCAGUGAAAUGUCCUCUGUCGUGAGUGGAGAUUUAGCUCCGCAACAGGAACUCGGCGACGUGUCACCAGCGGAGGAAGCGGUCCGUCCGGCUGAGGAGGCCAACGUCCUUGACACAUACCAAAACGGGUCAUUUGUUUUCUCUAAUACGUUGGCCGAAUUCCCAGUCAGGGCGGGAAGGAGGAAGUCCUUCGGAUCGGGUCUAAUACAGCGCCAAGGUCGGGAUAUAUGUUCACAGACACCUUCUUCUUUCAAGCAAUUUGCGCAGCAUUUCAAAACGUGCUUAAACAUAUCGGUGAGUGCUUUCUUGAAAAACGGCAGUAUCCUCCAAUCAUGUUUCAACAAAUACAGGCAAGAGUACGGUAGUCGACUCGCUCCCCGGCCAAUUAUCCAUCCCAUUGGCAGGGGGAAGACAUUGCAAAUAUUCCACCAGCGGGACUUCAUUGACGUCUGCCUUCCAUUGUUCAGGCAAUAUGGAAUCUGUAAGGAGAAGAGAUACUCAACGUUUUGUGUGGAGGAUUGGACUCUCUUCUUGCACACUCGCUGGUGCCAGCGGCCCUCAGAAGAGGACAAGUACUUCGAGGUCCUCUGGGCCGUGUCCCUGAUGAGAAACGACUACGAAUGCUUUGACCACAUAUGCGAUGGCUCAUACAGGGUCAUCGUGCGUGAAGUGAAUGGCAUCGUCGUCCAGUUGUUACUGCUCGACCGCAUUCGCAAUGCAUGUAAAUACCUUUACCAAGACGAUCAACUUAAAGCACAUAUUAAAAGUGGAUUUAACAAAACUAUUAUCUGGACGACAAACAUGUUCUUCCCCAGCUGUUAUCCCUACUACGAAGUCACGUGGCUGGGACUGCCUGAAGAGAAAGGACUCAACAGGUUCUGGGAUUACCUCCCCCUGUCGUGCCGCGUCGGAGAGAUUGUCAUGGCGACGUCUGUGGCGUUCAUAGGCGUGUUCGGAGCGAUCGGGAACCUGCUGGUGGUGACGGUGAUUCUAAGAAGCGACCGCAGAAGCGAGGAGUCCAGCAUCCUCCGCACCUCGCUCGCGUUUGCGGACUUGUUUACCAGCGUCUUCGUUGUCAUCCCGGCCUUCUAUGACCAUCUGCUACCAAUCAUGGGAAGCCUAGAUUUCAAUGAAAAGAGUGCUACGUUUCACAGUGAAAUUUCAUCUUCAGCUUCGGUGUCAUUUUAUCAUCAUACAGCGGUGACUCACGGUUAUCGCCUUUUCCAAGGCUUAGUACUUGGGGUGUGCUCUUUCGUGUCUCUUCUCACGCUCUUUUUGCUGAGCGUCGAGAGAUUCAUUUUGACGGGGCGCGCGCAUCGCUAUCAGCAUUACUUCACGGUCCCUCGGGUCAAGAUCGCCGUCUUCUUGACUUGGUCACUGGCCAUCAUGGACACUCUUUUCUAUAUGUAUAACGGAGACGGUUUGUUCUCAGUGACGUGGUCGAGUUUUAACAAGCUACCGGUUUCGAUAUCUAAUGAGAAAAUUGGAGAAGUGUUACGAUGGACUUACUCCUGCCACAUAUUUGUGCUGUCGGUACUGUGCGUCUUGACUGUGAUAACUUCCUUGGUGUCAAUUGGCACCUUUGUGCAGGAACAAGCGAAGGUCGUCGCAGGUUGGAAGAAACGGAACAUGAGGGUUUCAGGCCCGUAUCAGAAGGAAAAUCGCCAGAUCCUCACUACAAUGUGCAUUCUCACUUUCCUCUUCAUGCUGUCGACCCUUCCCGUCGGCGCGUUCAUCGUCGUGAACCUGACGGACACCUUCUUCGUCCAGGAGGACCUUUUCCGAUACCUGGGCUGGUGGACGUUCCUCUCCGGGUGCUCAUGGAACCCCUGGGUCUACAACAUGCGAAGUCGCCAGUUCCGGCAGGAGGUCGGCGAAGUUCUGCGGGCGAUGCUUCCCCUGUGGCUGAGGAGGAGGGCGCAGCGUCCUCAGGCGGCAGAGAGGGAGAGGGAGAGGAGGAGGGCUCAGAUGAGGAUGCUGAGGAGGCUGGACCUUAUUGAAUAGGUGCUACAUUACUUUGAGUUUACGAUGUCUUAGAUUCAUGAUAGAGUGAAUGGCGACUGUGGGUUGUAAUCCUGAAUAAAGUGAGAUUAUAUCUUGCCAGGUGUCAAUAAGAUUCAAAGUUUCAAAUAUGAUAUACUUGGGAAUUAUUUCAGGCAUCAUAAAAAAAAAUGUUUCCUCGCCAAUUUGUUGUAACUGUCCCUUAAUGAUGUAUUUUUCAAUGUAUCAGCGUCUUUGUUGAGAAAUUAUCAAAGAAUAAAAUUUGACAGAAGUG